AGAAUGGGCCAAAAUUCGUCUCAAAUUCCAGAGCACGAGCUCGAACACUUGAGCAUUGAGAGUGGAUUGUCUCGCGGUGGAAUUCUGAAACUGUACGGAAGAUUCAUCUCGCUGGCAACUCACAGGGAUAAGACUACAAAUGAGUAUUUCCUCACAAAAGGAGAUUUUCAGUCAAUCGCCGAGCUGAAACAAAAUCCUCUCGGAGACCGGAUCAUCGACGCAUUCUUCGCCGACGCAGAAGUCUUGGAACGCCGCAAAGUGUACUUCAAAGAUUUUGUAAAAGUUCUGAGCCAUUUCCGCCCGAUCAACAAAAACAAGCCGCAUCCAUGGAAUAGCAGAGAGGCAAAAUUGAGAUUCGCGUUUACGAUGUACGAUUUGAAUAAAAGUGGAACCAUUACAAAGGACGAGUUUCAGGAUAUUCUUGCGAUGAUGAUCGGAGUAGGUGUUCCAAAAGAUCAAGUAAACUCAAUUGCGGACAGAACAAUGCGUGAAGCUGAUAGAGACGGAGACGGAUUCAUCACUUUUCAAGAAUUCUGCAACGCAAUGGAAAAGACAGAUAUCGAGCAGAAGAUGUCCUUCCGUUUUUUGACAUAAUUUUAUUUUAAUACAAAAUGGAACCACCUGGAUAAUCAGUAAUGUGUUAUAUUAUUCGUUUGUUAUACAUGUAAAAGAGAAAUCGAUAAAAUAAUUUGUGUGG